ACAUUUGGCAUUUUCAAACACUUGUCCAACGGCCCCACUGCCCCAAUAAAAUAAACAAAAUCCGCCGGAGAAAGUGGCGAUAAACAGCGCCCAGGAAAGUCGUAUACUGGAGCCGUCGAGAUGCGUGACUGGAUGCCGGUGCUCUUCUGCGGACUCUCCGUGCCGCUCUCGCUGUUCAUGUGGCUGGGCAAUGUGGCGCUGUCGAAGUUCUGGACCAGUGACUUUGAGGAGUCCCGGGUGAUUCCGCCAGUGCGCUGGCUCUUCUCCACCAUGGCGCCCUUGGCCCUGAUGACGGUGGCUCUGCGCCGGAGGAGCGUCAACCGAUCUGGAGCUGCGCUGGGCAUUCUGGUGGCCUUCAUCCUCUCCAUCGCCAGCCAUCCGUUCUUCGCCAGCCUGGUGGUGUUCUUUUUCAGCUCCUCGCGGGCCACCAAGUUCCGGUCGCACAUGAAACGCCGCUUUGAGAGCGAUUUUCGCGACGGCGAGGGCCAACGCAACUGGAUACAGGUGCUCUGCAACGGAGGCAUGGCCGCACAGCUGGCGCUGCUCUAUCUGCUGGACUGCGGCAGUGGAGAGCGGGCGGUGGACUUCGCCCGGGAAUACCGAUCCAGCUGGCUGGGUGUGGCCGUGAUGAGUGCGUUUGCCUGCUGCAACGGCGACACCUGGUCCAGUGAACUGGGUUCUGUGCUAUCGCAACGUGAUCCGGUGUCUAUCAUCACUUGGCGGCGGGUGCCGCGCGGUACCAAUGGUGGGGUUUCGCUGCCCGGCGUCGUGGUGAGUUUGCUGGGCGGUCUGCUCGUCGGCUUUUGCUACUUUGUCACCGUACGCUACACUGUGGAGGCCAAAAUGCUGCUGGUUAGCCCACCACAGUGGCCCAUCAUCGCCUUUGGUGGCAUCGCUGGACUUUUCGGUUCCCUCUUGGACUCUGUGCUGGGUGGUGUGCUGCAGUUCUCCGGCAUCAAUGAGGAAGGCAAGAUUGUGGAUACACCUGGCAAGGGAGUGCGCCACGUGAGCGGACUGCGCAUUCUGGACAACCAUAGUGUCAACCUGAUUUCCAGCAUCGUCACCGGCGUCACCAUUCCCCUGCUGGCCCAGAGAUUCUGGCCCGUGCGCUGAUUGCGCAUUCAGCAUUUCAAAGGCGGCCUCAGAAGAUCAAAAGCCAUGUUUAGCAUCAAUCCAUGUUCAUAGGGCCCAGUAGGCAGGUGUAAACCAUUGUUAGGCAUUUAUCAUUUCAUAACGCCAGUGAAUACCCUCCAUAUAUAUUUUUGUGAAGCUUACAUAUCGCCAAGCGAACUAACCGACAUUAGAGUCUCGAUAAGAGCAACGAUUGGCCAGCGAAUAGCCAAGGCAGAUAGAUUAUAUUUACACUAAGAUAGCUAGCCAUGUUCCUCUACGGAUUAUGAAUUUUUUGUUACCGCGACUGUUCACUUCCAUUGUGUGUAUAAAUUUUAUUAAACACGGACCAUGCAUGUGGAGAUCCACAUUGUCAUUGUCUCAAAAUUCUCGUA